AAAGGCUCUUUAUUGUUAUUGUUUGUGGCGCAUCAUCAUGUAUCAUCACCAUCAUGUAUCAAUUUUUAAAAAAAAUAGUUUUCUAAAAAUCAAUAUAAUGUUAUUAGGAAAUUGAUCUGGAAUGAUUUUUCAGGGUAGGGAGAUGUCAGUGAGAGACAGUCUGCUCAAGCAUCAACAAUCAAAAAAUAAAAAGGUGACAACAAAAUGGCUUCCAGUAAACUCAUGCCUCCAGGCUUCAUACAAUAAGCAACCUCUGACUCAAGCGUGGCUGACAUUUAGAGAAACGAAUGUCCGUGCGCACUGUUGGAAGAUUUCACUUUGUAUUUCAUCAUCCACUGCACCAAUAGCGAAGAAAGUGUAGUUUCCAGAAGUGAACCAUAACCACAGUGAAUCAGUGGGACACGUGAAGUGUGACAUUUUCGACCAGCUGGAGUGCACUACUUCUCCCAGUCCCUGCCCGGCUGCAUGAAGAACGCUGCAUGAAGUGUAAACCAGCUGAGAUUAAGGCUAUUCAAAACACCUUUUUUUAAAAACCAAGAAUAGACAGUGCCAAACCAAAUACUUACAUAAAAGGCUAAUUAGAUUACAUUUUUGUAUGAGCUUGCAUGGGGAGCAAGCCAGCGCUAAGUGACCUCCAUGUGGCCAUCUGAAAGUAUAUUUUCUUUCUAUUGGUGUCAGAGUUUAGAAUUGCAGUCCAGUUCAAUAAUAUAAUAAUAGUGCGUAUAUUAGGUGAGAUCUUGCAAGUUUAGGUAAUAUUCUUUUUUUUUCUUUUUCUUUUUCUUUUUUUUUUGACACAAACGUGUUGAGUAGCCUCUUAAAACAAUGACGGAAUGGAAAGGUGACUGUUCAAAAGACGAUUAAUUCUGCUGGUGAAAUCCCUUUUCAAAUACUUUUCACCCCGUUGUUUAAAGGUUUUACUCCAUUUUCAACGUCAUGUGAGUCACAGGCACGGUGGGAGGGAUUAAGCAUCGAUCCGAAACAGACUGGGAGGUGCGCACAGACGCGCAGAGAGAAAGUUGGCGGAGGAGGCGUAGAGCUCGAGCAGCCUGUGUCUCUGUGUGUGUCUGCAUGUGAACGACAGCGGCACUUUCAAACUCCGUAGACUCCCGCUAGGGGCACAGGCAGUGCUCGGUCUUUUACAAAACGAAGAGUCUGAAGGAGUAAAGAAGAGGGAGCAUGAGAAGAAGUGACUUAAGUGGCUUGAGGGCUGCAGUUUCUAGCUGGCAGAUCUAGUGAAAGAAAGUUAAAAAAAAAAAAAACGCAAGAAACAGUCAAAGGAGGAAGAAGGAAAAAGUCAUGUUUGAGUUAAUGCAGCAUUGUGGAUUUUACCUUGUGACCCUUCCUUCUGAGUUCAAAUGAUCUGAUCAGGAGAUUCUGGAUUCUGUCUCCUUAUCUGGGAAGUCACUAUAAACUCCACACUGAGCAGGAGUCCUUUUUCUCACUAAGGCAAACAUGCAGUGCAACAGCAGUGUUUCUGCUCCGUUUACAAACUAUAGCGGGGGUCUGGAGGGAAAGCCCGUUACGACCACCAUCAUGUUUUUGGCGGGUGUGGUGGGAAACCUCCUGGCCCUCUUCAUCCUCGGAGUGCACCAGAAGGAGAAUCGCGCCAGGUCCUCUGUCUUCUGCAUCCUGGUGACUGGCCUGGCCCUCACAGACCUGUUGGGCACCUGCAUCCUCAGCCCACCCGUGUUCAUCUGCUACGCCAAAAACCGGACCCUGAUCCAACUGGGCGGUGAGACACUGUGCAACCUUUUUGGCUUUGCCAUGAGUUUCUUCGGCCUAGCGCCCACUCUCAUCCUGUGUGCCAUGGCUGUUGAAAGGUGCCUGGCCAUCAGCCAUCCUUACUUUUAUUCUGUGCACAUCCGCCGCAGUUUUGCAAAGUUCACUCUUUUUUUCAUUUACCUUUUUUCUUUGGCCUUUUGCCUCCUGCCGUUCACUGGUUAUGGCAAAUUCAGAAUGUACUGCCCUGGGACAUGGUGCUUCAUCCGAAUGGAUCCAAGGGAAGAUGAUCAGACCAACCUGGUGCUGGCCUUCUCUCUGUCCUACUCCUCCCUCAUGGCACUCCUGAUCUUUGCGGUGUUUGUCUGCAACGGUUCAGUGAUUGUCAGCUUGUGCCAGAUGCAUCGAAGCCAGAUUAUGCGACGUAGCUCCGUGGGGUCGACGGGGAGGAAGAAGAGGCUGAGCCUGGCCCGGUUUGGACGGGGCGAAGAGGAGGUAGAUCACCUGGUCCUGUUGGUUCUCAUCACUGUCAUCUUUGUGGUCUGCUCCCUGCCGCUGACUAUUGCAGGCUUCAUCAACGCCAUCCAUCCAUUCUGUAGUGACGACGCCAACCUGACAGCCUUCCGCUUCUACGCCGUCAACCCCAUCGUGGACCCCUGGGUUUUCAUCAUCUGCCGCAAGUCCGUGUUCCGCCACCUUUGCUCUGUGCUGAGCUGCCGCUUCAGCAAGGGUGCUGUGAAGACGACGACACACUGCACUCUGUCGCUACCCCUGGACAAUGUCAUACGGUGCAACCCCCGAGAAGUGACAGUUCCACAGUCCAACAUGUACCCCAGUGUGCCUCUAUGACUGCAGGAAGACUCAGCUGUCCAAGGGGAAGGACCGGAGGCUGGGAGACUAAAAAACAUCAAAGAAAAUCCCAAAACUGAAACUGACAUUUGAACAGAGGAUUCCCGUCUGUUUCAGACAAAUGUGCAGUAUCUUGCACAGAUUCCCUACGAACUGCGAUUGGUAGAUAAGGACUGUACUAGAUCUUAAUCUAUCAACAUCGUGGGAAGAAUCGUGCCAUAAAACUGAAAGCACUGUGACGUAAUGCGAAGGAGUACAACAGACCAUAUCAUGCCCAUGAAAAAUCAGAACAUAUGAACUUGGGUAGAACUGUAAGGAUAAACAAUAUGGAUGAAUGUAUACAUUCUUUCUCUCACCCAAUCACUGUUUUAUUUUAGAAGGUAACUUUGUAAAUGGAUUGUCCACAGCUUCAGCAUCUAUGGCACGAGAUGCUGCUCAUUGCUUGUUCGGAUUUUUUCCCCGUCCUCGAUGGCACUGAUGACAUGUUGAUUCAUUUGACCUGACCAACGUUUAAGUAAGCAGUCCCUUAAAGGAUUUACUAAGACACAGCUGUGCUUCAGUCUAGUGCUAACCUUAGCGCUGAUGUUUGGCAGCUGAUGUAUAGUGUUACUAACGCUAGUCAGCACUAGGCACAUAGUAGUGCUGCUAAUUUUACAGAGAAAACUAAUUAAAAUAAAAUAAAAAAUAAAAUUCUGACCUUCCACUGGUGCUCAGUGAAAGUCAAGUGGACCCGAAUAGUAAACCCUCCAGUUGACGCCAUGGGCCAAAUUUCAUGGAAAUCCAUACAAUAAGUCAACGUCCGACAUUGUCAAGCAUGUAGUAUAAAUGGAUUAAAACAAAAGUGUGAGUGAAACACAAAUGUCUAAAGAAUUUCACGCCUGUUCAAAAAACUGUUGUUGAGAUUUCAUUAUGGUCUGUGGUGGUAAAGUGACAGGUCAACACUGCCGUCAUCAAGUGUGACAACAAGACUAAACAACUCAAAGCCUUUACAGUACUAACAAAGGUCACCCAAAUGUGAAAAUGUUACGUAUGUAUUGGUACAGUGGAAUCCCGUCUUGGUGAUGCUAUGCUGCUCAUCUGAAAAAAGGAACAAACAAACAGUCGCAGAAACGAUCAAAAGAAAUAAAGAUUUGUUUGAAUUUAGGCUCGAAAUGAACGAAUAAUGUGAAGUUACAUCUCACAUUUUGGAAGUUUAGCAACAAUCGGUAUUUACUCUUAGGAUUUUCUCUGAAAUUAGACUUAAUUCCCGUACCAGUCCGUCCCAUAAUUUCAUUGUAUUGCAUGUACAUUAGGUCCCACCACUCCUUGUUCUCACUGGUCUCCACGCUACCGCAUCAUCGUAUCAAGAUUGUGAAUGUUCUUUUAAGAAGAAAAAAAAUAAUAUUCUGCUGCUGCAACCAUGCACUGUGAGGAUUAGUCUCUUGCCGUUGUUGUGACGUUAAUGCUGGAUUUCUAUUUAUGGCUUCUCUCUGUGCUUUAAUGUUGUGAAUUCUUAUGAAUGCGUCAGUUUGGUUCAUGCAACAGAGUGUGAAGAUAGGACAACGAGCACUGUGAGUCCAUUUUUUUGUGCAUGUUGUACAUUUACUUUUUGCUUUUCGCUCAGCCUUGCAUGACCCGACAUAUGACCCUAUGUUGACGUGUUACCACUCAAACACAUUUCACUAUUUGAUUGUAUACUGUUCAUAAGUGGAGUUAUGUGUCUAAUAAAAUGACAAAAAAUGAAGAUGUUAACAGGAAAAAAACCUUUCUCAUGAGAGUUACACACUAGUGAAAAUGAAUGCAUUUUGAUGUGACAGUUUCCGUACACGACUGCUAUAAUGAUCACGUUAUGUUGAAAGAGCAACUGUAAGAUCUUUUUUUUUUUUUACUUUAAUUUCAGAGGAUAUGGUUUGCAGCGCUGUUACACUCUACUGAAUCACGUGUUCAUAAUUCAUUAAUUAAGAUUUAAUGCAUGACUGUCAUAUUAGAAUGUAUUCACUUUCACCCGUGCACCUAAUAAAGUGACUGGUGAGUGUA